UCGCCGUGGUGCCGCCGCGGCUGCUUGCCUGUGUGGAGAGCGAGCGAGUGAGGCAGAGCGGGGCGAGUGGACGGGGAGCCCUGCGCGCUCCGAACGGCUGGCAGCGAGUGAGCGGGUGGGCGCACGCUUCGCGCCUCCCCCUGCGGGGAACGGCCGGUGUGGACGCUGACUGUGGCCACCCAUGUCCAGCCGGGCCCUGGAGACCCUUCGCCUCUGAGGAGGGCGGCUCUUCCACCCCCCUCGCGCUCCCGCCCUCCCCCCCUCGCUGCACAAGCGCGGCGCCGCCUGGCUCGGCGGUCCGGACCCUGCCCUGGCCCCUUAAAAUGGCGAGCGGGAUGCUCGGCGGAGAAGGCGGCUGCACCGUGCUGGAGGCGAGAGACCGGGCUGCGGGCAUCGCCGCUGGAGCACCAGGCGGCGGAGGCGGCUUCAGCCACAACCAGCGGGCCAGCGCGUCCAGGCUUGCCGCUACUGCUGCUACUGGUACUACUGCUGCUGCUACCACCGAGGAGGACCAGGAGCUGAUGGAAGGCGCCCCUUGCCCGCCGCCCGCGCAGCCCGCGCACCAUCUGAUGCUUCUUCUGAGGAGAUCCCCCAGCAGCUCCCUCUGCCUCGUCCAGGAGGAGGACGCCUCGGCGACCGGGGGCAACGCCGGCGCGGGGCGAGGGGGCGCCGUGGCCUCAUCGCGAGCCGGCCCAUCGGCGCCCUCCAGCCGGGCAGCUGCCCCACCGGCGGCGUCCGCUGCCGCCUUCGGGGACGACGUGAGGAAAUGCGGCUACCUAAGGAAGCAGAAGCAUGGCCACAAGAGGUACUUCGUGCUGCGGGUGGAGAGCCACCUGGCCCCGGCCAGGCUGGAGUACUACGACAGCGAGAAGAAGUUCAAGAGCAGCAUGAGGGCGGCGGCGGCAGCGGCGGCUAGUGGGAGCGCAGCCCUCUGCUGCCCACCCCCGAAGCGGGUGAUUCCUCUGUACCAGUGCUUCACGGUUAGCCGGAGGGCAGAUGCCAAGCACAAGCACAUCAUCGCCCUGUACACCAAGGAUGAGUACUUUGCAAUGGUUGCCGAAAACGAGACCGAGCAGGAGGGCUGGUACCAGGCAAUCAGUGAGCUCAUGAGCCAAAGCAAGAGAGGGUUCUUGGAGCAGGAAGACCAGGCUGAUCCGCAGCUGGAUGACGACGACGAGCAUUACGGGACUGCUCUUCGGCCAGGGACCGUCUUCAAAGAAGUUUGGCAAGUAAACGUGAAACCCAAGGGACUGGGUCAGACAAAGAAUUUGACUGGGGUGUACAGGUUGUGUCUUUCCACCAAGGCCAUCCACCUUGUUAAGCUGAAUAGCGAGGUGCCCUCUGUCCACUUACAGCUAAUGAACAUUCGGCGGUGUGGGCAUUCAGAAAAUUUCUUUUUCAUUGAGGUGGGCAGAUCAGCCUCCAUUGGACCAGGUGAGCUUUGGAUGCAAGUGGAUGAUUCAGUGGUGGCCCAGAAUAUGCAUGAAACCUUCCUAGAAACCAUGAAAGCUUUGAAAGCCUUCUCUGAGUUUAGACCUCGCAGUAAGAGCCAGUCUUCCGGUGGUGGUAGCAGCACCAACCCCAUUUCCUUCAUCAGUACUAGGAGGCACCUGGGUAACCUGCCACCUAGCCAGACUGGCUUACAAAGAAGAUCCAGAACUGAAAGUGUUACUGGGGGGACCCCUCCAACCACCAAGAGUAGUAGCUCUUACCGUUUCAGAACUUCCAGUGAAGGGGAGGGGACAAUGACCAGACCAUUUAGGUCAGUUACUGGAAGUUUGAUUCAUCUGAAUACUGCAAGGAUGAAUUUGGGGCGUCAAGAAGGAAGUGGACGAUAUGUUAGAGCAGCAUUUAGUGCAUCUUAUCACACCAGGUCUGCAUCUCUGCCAGUGUCUCAUUUCCCUUCCACUACUAGUCCCAUCAGUGUUUCUUCAAGUAGUGGCCAUGGUUCAGCUUCCGAUACCUUCAUCAGGCCUUCCAGUUCAUCCGUCUGUGGGUCCCCAAGUGAUGGAGGUUUCAUUUCUUCCGAUGAAUAUGGUUCCAGCCCUGGCGACUUCAGGUACUUCCGUGUGAGGAGUAAUACCCCAGAUUCCUUGGGCAAUACACCUCCAAUCAGAGAAGAAAAUUGUUUAAAUGAAUACAUGUCUAUGAGCAAGCAGCAAAUGGAUAAUAAUAGUUCAAGAGACGAUUACCGGGAGGCUGAAAAAUGCUUCAGAAAAAGAACUUACUCUCUAACUAAGCCUGCUUCUAUACCAGCACAGCAGAAAACAACCCAAACAGCAACUUCGUUAGAUGAAGUUUCUUCAGGAAGCCAUGGACGCCUGCCUUUUUCUGAAUCGCCAAAAUUCAAAAAUAACCCUGAACCAGUGUAUGGGGAAUCUGCCCUUGAUUCUGUAUGCAAUCAAAGCAGGAAUAAAGCCAGAGAUGAUGGAUACAUGCCAAUGAUGCCAGGAGUUGCAUCUUCUUUUGCAAGCAACAGUGAUUAUCUGCCAAUGACUCCUAAAAGUGUGUCUGUUCCAAAGCAGAUAAACAGUUCCUGGCCAUCAUCGCAGGCUGACUGCAAAGGAUAUAUGAUGAUGUUUCCUAGGGCUAUCUCUUCACCUGUACGUAGUCCUUUAACUGGCUUCAGUAAAAGUGGCAAUGAGAAGUUGGCAAACAAUGAGUAUAUGGAUAUGUCACCUGGAAACUCAGCUGCUCCAAAGCAACCUAGUGAUUCAAAUUAUAUGCAUACCAGUUCCAAAAACUUUAGCUCAUAUUUCUCUCUCCCACGAAGCUUUAAGACUCUGUCAGGAGAAAAUGGUGAGCAUGAUGAAUAUGUUCCAAUGUCAUCACCAGGAAAAUUAUUGUAUAGUGGAGCUGAAAAUGACAACAAUAUCAGUAAUGAUGUUCUGGCUAAUGGCCAUUCCAAAUCUAUGCUGAAAGCUUCAGAUGAAGGACUUGAACAGAACAGAAUUACCAGGCCUACAAGACUUCCAUUAGGCACUAGAGGUAGUAACACUAUACCAAGAAUGUAUGAUCGUACAAUUCCACUUGAGCCAUCUAGUCCUGGUGAAUAUAUAAAUAUCGACUUCGGUGAAAAGGCAAGUAAUACACCUUAUUCUUUAUCUGCAGAAGGAUCACCAUCAUCUCUUGGCUCCAGUAGUGACCAUAGGCAGUCACCACUUUCUGACUACAUGAGUGUUGAUCUUGAUGUUCAGUCACCAAAGGCUGCUAAAGAACUAUCCAACUCCUUGACAGAUAUUUCAAUUUAUGCAAGUUCUAGUAUUCCCAGAAAUCCACCUGACUCAGAUUAUGCUAGGCUCUCAUUUGGUACUGCUUGUGUUAGCAAAGGAAGUGGUAGGAUUGAUGACUAUACAGAAAUGACCUUCAACAUGGCAGCAAUGCCACCUGGACCAUUUACCACCGAAAGCAAAAAUGGCUUAAAGAUUGAUAGUCCUCCUUCAAUUGUUAAUAGACUGUGCAUUGUUGACCAAUAUGCUGGUAGCAGUGAGUUCUCUGUUCCUAGUCCUGAUCUGCCAGUAGUACCUAAAGUUAUUCGUGCUGAUCCACAGGGAAGGAGAAGGCAUAGCUCUGAAACAUUUUCUUCCACUGGCACUGUUACCACUUCUUCUUCUUUCUUUACUGAUAGUAGCAAAAGGCACAGCUCUGCCUCUUUUGACAAUGUGUGGUUGAAACCUGAAGAACACAUUUCAGAUGGCCAUGAAAGCAAGAUGUCCAGAGAUACUUCAAUUGGAUUUCAGAAUGGCUUGAACUAUAUAGCUCUAAAUUUACAAGAUAAUUCUCUAAACUGUGAGGAGAGCCCUAGUUCACCAAACUGCCACCUCCCAAAUGGUACUUUGAAUCUGGAAAGUGGAGUGUAUGUGAGCAUAGACUUCAGCAGAUCAGAUGGUUUGAAGUGCAACUCUGCAAGGAAAGACUGAUGGCAUUACUAUGGAAACCAUUGUGAGAAGAGCAGGCUUUCCAGCUGGUAUCUCCAUAACUGUGUGGUGCUUUUGGAAGCAGAGCCCAUCUCCAGUCAACUCCAUUCACUUCCACCAGCACAGACACAGACAUGCAUCAUUGGGAAUGAUUUUUCAUCGCGUGUUGGUUGAGACUACAGUUGUGCUUUUCCAAAUUAACUUUGGUCAUAUAUAAGUUUUGAUGACAGAGGUUUCUUUCCUCCCCCCUUAGCAUAUCUGUAUGGGAGACAAGAUGAAUGCUGUGUUCCUUCUACACUUCCCAUCAGUUUGUUUUGAGAAGUCACUUGGUAUCUGAGAAUCUACCUAAUAUGAGUUUUGCUUUUCUAGUACUUGAAGUGAUAGCAUAAAUGUUUUAUAAAUGGUUUAGAAAUAUAUUAUUAUUAUUGUUGUUGUUAUUAUUAUUAUUAUUAUUGCAGUUUUGAAGGGAUGGGAACAACAGGCUAAGGCUUUGAUCCUAAGCAUGCUUGUUUGUAAGUCUCAUUGAAAGUGGGUUAUAUUUUUGGGACUAGAGGUCUGCAGCCAAUGUUUUGAAUAGACAAUUGCAACACAUACAGCCUUCCCCGCCCCGCUACCUAAUAAAUAGGCUACCAGGGAAUCUCUCCCGUGUCCCCCUCCUCAUGCAUGCUAUUGCCUGUCUAUUUCUCUUACAUGCAUAAGAGAAGCUUAUUGUUUAUCUUCACCCACUUCAUGCUUUGGCCAGGAUAGAAUAGGUGGAGAACCUACCACCUCACUUUGCCUUCCUACCCACCUCCCUGAUCCUCAACAUUUGUAGCUGCAUUUGCAAAGAAGUCAUUUAUUGUUUACUCCAUCAGUGGCCACUUUUGAAAACAGCUGCUGCUAGAGCAUACUGUAAAGAUAAUUUGCAAUUUCUGAGGAAUAAGUGUGUGUGUGUGUGUGUGUGUGUGUGUGUGUGUGUAUGCGUGCGCGCGCGCACACACACACACACACACACUUUUCUCCUCUUCCAGAGUGAACAAGGCAGGUAAAUGUCCUGAUCCUGUACCAACUGUAAGGAAAUCAGAACCACUAAAAUCAGUGGGACUUACAGGUAAACAUGCAUUGAACUAGUAUGUAACCCAAGUCUGUCUGUCUCUCCCCCCCCCCCCCCUCACACACUCUAUCUUUGGCUCCGUUCUGGAGAGGGAGACACAUGCACAGAUUGUGGUGAGAUUUCACAGCCACAAGAACAAUAUGCUAUAAGGGAGAGAAAUGGUACUUAAAUGAGACUUGGGGUGGGGGGUUGGUUAAAUUUUGCUUUAUGAUGCAAGAGAGUUAUGGACUCUGUCUUUUUUAUUUUUAUAAUCCUAUGUCCUCUUAAAAUGAAAAUUGUUGAGAAUAUCUUGAAUGUAAAGGUAGAACUGAAGAAUUGGUUGUAUUUUGAUUAUACUUUUCAGUUUUCUUUAUCUCCCUGUGUAGUCCCCCCCCCCCCAAUUAAUGAUACAUUUUGGAUUAGCAGGAAGUUGAUUGCUUUAUAAGUUCAAAUGGGGAGAAAUGCAGACUUUACAACUGUAUAUUAUCCCUGCAUUACAAUGUUGAUGUGCUGUAGAGCUUCUAUAGAGAGGAUUCCUUAAACUUUAGUGAAAGAACCCUUUUCAUUUGGAACUAUUUUUCUUUCUUUACAAAAUUAGGGGACAGAAAGACUGUCCUAUUAUACCUGUGGGGAAAGGGAUACAUUAUCUUACUAGGAUUAUUGUUUAAAUUGGGAAUUAAAAAUUGUAGCCAGAAGCCAGGUGCCUCACUUACGUCAUUAAAGAGCAUGACACUAGUUAUUGGUUCUGACACUAGUUGUUAGAACUUAUAGUAUAUACUAAUAAUAAGAAGCACUGAUAACUGAAAGGGUUGAAAGCAGUAAACAAAUCCUCAGGCACAACACAGCUGGUAUUCCUCUACGUUGUAUAUUGUACAAGUAUUGAGUAAGGGUUGCCUCACCUUUUGACAUUACCUUUCCAAAGUGCAGUGGGCCUACCACUUUACUUACACUAUCACAGCCUUAUGUGGAGGGGGGAAUAAAUAAAUUGAGAGUGGGGGGAACCUGCCAUUCUGCACCUCCCAUUUAUUUAUUUUCCACACACCCAGUGGGUUUUCCUUUCUUACUGGCUUCUGGGAAGGAGGCAUGAGAGCUCUGGAAGUGUCCCUUUUUUCUUGAUUUAUUUAUUUAUUUGCUUUUCUGUUACACGUUCUCUGCUGAUACAUAAACUAAAUACCUAAUACAUAAUACUGACCACAUAAACUCAUACAAUCAAAACAAAACAAGUAUAUCCUUUCAUAUACUUCCCUUCCACUCCUUCCAUGGUAUCUUAUCUAAUCCCUUCCCAACUGCGUCGUCUUGUAAAUUUUUCAUUCUUCCUCUCUUUACCUCUUGUUAUAACUUACACUGCUGAAGUACUCACAUUCUGUUAGGUUAAUUAUCUUGUUAUGAUUUUUCAUAUAUUCUAUAUAUAACUUACAUUCUUAUGUUUUUUGUCAUCUCUGUUUCUAAUUCUAUUAGUCAUAGCCGCUAAUUCCACAUAUUCCAACAAUUUAUGAUGCCACUCAUCUUUUGUUGGAACGACAUUCAUUUUUCAUUUUGGUGCCAGUAAAAUCUGAGCAGUGGUGGUGGCAUACAGCAACAGACUCACUUGAUUCAGCAACAGACUCACACUCCCAAUAUUCUUUAAUCACACUGCAGGACCACCCAGAGGCUGGUGAGGAAGGAAAACCCACUGGGUGUGUUGGUAAAGGGAAAAUAAAUGGAAUAGCAGGCUCCUGCACUUCCCAUUUAUUUCCUACCCCACCCUACCCAUGUAAGGUCGUAAGUGGCAGACCUACUGUACUAGACCAGUUUGUAUAACAAAUUAGAUCCUCCUGUCAAUUUUGAUGUUCAUGACUCUGGUUAGUAUUAAUAUACAUGUCACACAGUGAUACAGGUAAUUUCUGACAAAUAUAUAGUUGGCAUCCAUGAGUUUAUGCAGAACCCAGUAAUCAGAAGGAGGAAAAAAAUAUGCUGCAGAGUUUAAAAGCACAGAUGAAUAUCUGAAUCUAGAAAAGCAAGGUUUCCAAGAGUAUAGUUACCUAGUUGCUGCUAAAUGGAUUUUGACUUAAAAACAUGACCACUUUUCUAGACCACAAUACUGUCUUGCCAUGUACGUUUUGUUUGGACUCUGUAAAUUAACAAUGCAAUAGGUACUUUACAUCUUUUCAUUUAAAAAAUGAAAAUUGGGUGAUAGUUAAGAAAUGAUUCUGAAAAAGGUUUAGAAAUGUUAACAAAUAUUAGAUCCUGAGGCUGCCAUGGUACAAUAUACAGCACUGAUUUUACAAAUGCUGAAUAAAUAAGCAAAUGGGUAACCUCAACUCUACUGGUACAAAUAUUAACAGGUACAGCAUAAUAAAUAUGCAAUCUUUUUUGUCUUAGUUUACAGCAACUAACUUAUUCAGUAUUGUGCUGGAAGAUCAUUUUCCAACUAUGUAAAACAUAUCACUAUGUGGGCAACCUUCCAGCCACCCGUUUUAUGCUGCUGUAUAGUACAGAAAAACCAAUGAUGGAACAACGUUUGUCCUGUAAAUUUAAUUUGAUAUUGACAGUUAUUGUCUGUACAAACUAAAACAUAUAUGGUUGAAACUGUUCAUUAUAUUUGCUAUUUCUGCUUCACUGAUCUGUUAAAAAGUUUUGAGCUGAUUGAUCCGGCUGUGUCUUCCAUUGUAAAUAUUGUUACAUCAUUUUUCAUGGUAAAAUGCAGCACAUUUGCAAUUUUGGGAGACUGGCUUGAAGCUCUGUAUAGUGUUUAUAUUUAUCUGAAUUGGCUUUCCAUAGAGCUACUUGCAGUAAAUGUGUUCAUGGUA